UUUGUAUAGACUCUCCUUGGGGAAACCGAUGACUACUUGUUUUAAACUUUCAGUUACUGUGGCUGAUUUUGGUUAUAUUCAUUUUGCUUUUUGUUUGUAUUACUAAGUAUAAAGAAAGCUACGCACCCUGACAAAGGCAGAAGUGAGUGGAAUGCUAUUGGCAAGGCUAAGAAGAAAGAAGCAGAGUUCCUUGGGCUCCAAUCUACCCAUGAGUAAGAGCAAAUGCUCCGUGGGACCAAUGUCCUCUGUGGUGGCCCCGGCUAAAGAGUCCAAUGCCAUGGGCCCCAGAGACGUGGAACUCAUCCUCGUCAAGGAGCAGAAUGGAGUGCAGCUGACCAACUCCACCCUCAUCAACCCACCACAGACACCAGUGGAGGCUCAGGAGCGGGAGACCUGGAGCAAGAAAAUUGAUUUCCUGCUGUCAGUCAUCGGCUUCGCUGUGGACCUCGCCAAUGUCUGGCGGUUUCCCUACCUGUGCUACAAAAAUGGUGGAGGUGCCUUCCUGGUACCCUACCUGCUCUUCAUGGUUAUUGCCGGGAUGCCCCUCUUCUACAUGGAGCUGGCCCUUGGGCAGUUCAACAGAGAAGGAGCUGCUGGCGUCUGGAAGAUCUGCCCUAUCCUGAAAGGUGUGGGCUUCACGGUCAUCCUCAUUUCUUUCUACGUGGGCUUCUUCUACAACGUCAUCAUCGCGUGGGCUCUGCACUACUUCUUCUCCUCCUUCACCAUGGACCUCCCGUGGAUCCACUGCAACAACACCUGGAACAGCCCCAACUGCUCCGACGCCCACGCCAGCAACUCUAGUGAUGGCCUGGGCCUCAACGACACCUUCGGGACCACACCUGCUGCUGAGUACUUUGAGCGUGGCGUGCUGCACCUCCACCAGAGCAGUGGUAUUGAUGACCUGGGCCCUCCACGGUGGCAGCUUACAGCCUGCCUGGUGCUGGUCAUUGUCUUGCUCUACUUCAGCCUGUGGAAGGGAGUGAAGACCUCCGGAAAGGUGGUGUGGAUCACAGCUACCAUGCCUUAUGUGGUCCUCACUGCCCUGCUACUACGUGGAGUCACCCUCCCUGGAGCCCUGGACGGCAUCAAAGCAUACCUCAGUGUGGACUUUUACCGGCUCUGUGAGGCAUCUGUGUGGAUCGAUGCUGCCACCCAGGUGUGCUUCUCCCUGGGCAUUGGUUUUGGGGUGCUGAUUGCCUUCUCCAGUUACAAUAAGUUCACCAACAACUGCUAUAGAGAUGCAAUCAUCACCACAUCUAUUAACUCCCUGACAAGCUUCUCCUCUGGCUUCGUCGUCUUCUCCUUCCUGGGGUACAUGGCACAGAAGCACAACGUGCCCAUUGGAGAUGUGGCCACAGAUGGACCUGGACUGAUCUUCAUCAUCUACCCUGAAGCAAUCGCCACACUCCCGCUGUCCUCGGCCUGGGCUGCUGUCUUCUUCCUCAUGCUGCUCACUCUGGGCAUCGACAGUGCAAUGGGGGGCAUGGAGUCUGUGAUCACUGGGCUGGUUGACGAGUUCCAGCUACUGCAUCGGCACCGAGAGCUCUUCACUCUUGGCAUUGUCCUGGCCACCUUCCUGCUGUCUCUCUUCUGUGUCACCAAUGGUGGCAUCUACGUCUUCACACUGCUGGACCAUUUCGCAGCUGGCACAUCCAUCCUCUUUGGGGUGCUCAUUGAAGCCAUUGGGGUGGCCUGGUUCUACGGUGUCAAGCAAUUCAGCGACGACAUCAAGCAGAUGACAGGGCAGAGACCCAACCUGUACUGGCGGCUAUGCUGGAAGCUGGUCAGUCCCUGCUUCCUCCUGUAUGUUGUUGUGGUCAGUAUUGUGACCUUCAGACCCCCACACUAUGGAGACUACAUCUUCCCAGACUGGGCCAAUGCACUGGGCUGGAUCAUCGCCACAUCCUCAAUGGCUAUGGUACCCAUUUAUGCCACCUAUAAGUUCUGCAGCCUGCCAGGGUCCUUCCGAGAGAAACUGGCCUAUGCCAUCACACCUGAGAAAGACCGCCAGCUAGUGGACAGAGGGGAGGUGCGCCAAUUCACGCUGCGCCACUGGCUGUUGGUGUAAAGUGGAAGGAGACAGAAGCCAAGUGGGCCAUCGCACAACCGCAGGGACAGGGAGCUCACGAAAGGAAACCCAGGCAUCAAGAAAGGAGCGCCACUUCCACCCUUUCCCUUUGCUAUAUGGAAAAAUAAUCAAAGCACAGGCUUCAAUCUUUGACUGUUCACACCCAAUCCAUGCUACCAAAAAAAAAAGAGGCCUCUGUCUGUAUGUGGCUGUAAGAACACUCGUCUCUAUACAAUGAGGUCAACCAUGUCCCUGUCUCUGCCGGGUGGUAUCCUGUUCCUGCAAGGCUGACUCCCCCAUUUGUGAUCACCAUGGGAGGAUGGGUCUUACCGUCCCCUGUACUCUAGGAGAGGGACCUUGGUACCUGUAUAUACACUGUGCCAGAAUCCUUGUGCUCACAGUAGCUGCCUAGAUCAUUUCUUUUGCUCAGAUUUACAAUGCCAAGUAUCUAUCCUGUUUUGUCUGCUGUGUAGAAGGUAGGAAAGCCAGU